AUGACCAGACAAAACCCCUUACACACGUUCUCAAGAUACACAAUAACUGGUGCUCAAGUAAGGGAACCUGACGGUCACACAGAGUUCAUCCCACGUUUACCAUGGUCAUUGGGUUCAUCAUCUUUAUUAGUUGGUUGGCUUCAUCCAGAGGAGAAACAAACUUCUCAUCCCUUUAUUAUCAGAGGUAGUUGUGUAACUUGGAGCCAGGUUCCUGCCCAAGUCAGUCUCCUGCCCUCCCCCUGGGACUGGGAGCCUGGGCACCUCAAUAUCUGCAUUUCAAAGAGAUGGCUCCCGGCUCUGAAACUGACAGAGGAAAUGAUCACAUUUUCUAAAGGAUAUAUAUCCACAUUUCAAAGAGGAAAGAAGGUGCUCACCAUGCCCACCAUCUCCCCUGAAUCAAGUUUAGAAGACUUUGAGUAUGAUGAGCUUGCAGAAGCCUGUGAUAUGGGGGACAUCGUGGCCUUGGGAACUGUCUUCCUGGCCAUACUCUACUCCCUUGUCCUUGCCUUUGGCCUGGUGGGAAAUUUGUUGGUGGUGUUUGCCCUCACCAACAACCAGAAGCCCAAGAGGAUCACUGAUGUUUACCUCCUGAACCUGGCCUUUUCUGAUCUGCUCUUUGUAGCCACCUUGCCCUUCUGGACUCACUACCUUGUAAACGAGCAAGGUCUUCAUAAUGCCGUGUGCAAACUCACCACUGCCUUCUUCUUCAUCGGGUUUUUUGGAGGCAUAUUCUUCAUCACCAUCAUCAGCAUCGACAGGUACCUGGCCAUUGUCCUGGCCACCAACUCCAUGAACAACCGUACAGUGCAGCAUGGCGUCACCAUCAGCCUUGGCGUCUGGGCAGCCGCCAUCUUGGUGGCUGCACCCCAGUUCAUGUUCACCAAACAGAAAGAAAAUGAAUGCCUUGGUGACUACCCUGAGGUCCUACAGGAAAUCUGGCCUGUUCUCCGCAACGUAGAAAUAAAUUUUCUUGGCUUCCUGCUCCCCCUGCUUAUUAUGAGUUACUGUUACUUCAGAAUCAUGCGGACACUUUUUUCCUGCAAAAACCAAAAGAAAGCUAAAGCCAUUAGGCUGAUCUUUCUUGUGGUCAUCAUGUUUUUCCUCUUCUGGACACCCUACAACGUCAUGAUUUUCUUAGAGACACUCAAUCUCUAUGACUUCUUUCCCAACUGUGACACGAAGAGGGAUCUGAGGUUGGCCCUCAGUGUGACCGAGACAGUUGCAUUUACCCACUGUUGCCUUAAUCCCCUUAUCUAUGCAUUUGCUGGAGAGAAGUUCCGAAGAUACCUUUACUACCUGUACAGGAAAUGCCUGGCUGUCCUGUGUGGCCAUCCCGUCCACGUCAGUUUCUCCCUGUCCCCGUCUGAAUCACAAAGGAGCAGGCAAGAAAGUGUUCUGAGCAGCAAUUUCACUCAUUACACCAGUGAUGGAAAUACAUCCAUCCUCCUCUGA